CUUCAAGCUCUAUCAGUGCGUCAACGAAGAUGGCGGAAGCAUUAAGACUGUUACUUAUUACAAUCUUUGCGUUCGUUGGAUGUGAAUCUUCUAAUAUAUUAGGAGUGUUUAUAUUGCCAUUAAAAAGUCACCAUAUAGUAUUUCGUCCGCUCAUGUUAGAGCUGGCAAGACGAGGACACGAUGUGACAGUGAUUACAACGGACCCAGCCUAUCCUAAAGGUCAAUCACCUCAAAAUCUUACCGAAAUUGACUUACACGAGAUUUCCUAUAAAUAUUGGAAUAAUUUUUUCGCACAAAUAGGAAGUGAGAAAGAUAGUAAAGUGUAUUUUAAAAAAGUGUACAAUUUAAUAUUAAAUUUAAUUACCACACAGUUAAACACGCCUGAAGUUCAAGAUUUACUUAAAAAGAAAAAGGUAUUUGAUUUAAUUUUUACCGAAACAUGUGCACGACCGUCUUUAGUGUAUUCAGCUAUAUAUAAGGCGCCAGUUAUCGAAAUAAGUACAUUAAGUGGAGUUUUUUCGGCCUUUGAAACGAUAGGGGCUGCAACGCAUCCUCUCAUUUAUCCCAAUCCUUUACAUAGAAGAGUGUACAAUUUGACAAUAUGGGAGAAAUUAUCAGAACUCUAUCAGCAUUAUUUCAUGGAAAACGCUUUUGAGCAACACAUGAAUGAUGAAAAUAAAUUAUUGAAUACUAUAAAAGGCUUAGAAGAAUUUGAUAUAGACAAUGUGAGACGAAAUAUUCAGAUGUUGUUUUUGAAUGUAAAUCCUAUUUGGGACUUCAAUCGACCAGUGCCACCAAAUGUAGUGUAUUUAGGAGGCUUACACUUGACACCUCCGAAGGAAUUACCUAAGGACUUAAAAUCUUAUCUAGAUUCUUCUAAAAAUGGAGUUAUAUAUGUUAGUUUUGGGACAAAUGUUAAGUCUUCGAUGAUGCCUUACGACAAGUUGAAAAUAUUUACCGAUGUCUUUUCUCAACUUCCAUAUGAUGUUUUAUGGAAAUGGGAUAAUGAUGACCUUCCAGGACGUCCAAAGAAUAUUAAGAUAUCAAAAUGGCUGCCUCAACCUGAUCUUUUGCGGCAUCAAAAAAUCAAAGUUUUUAUAACGCAAGGUGGCUUGCAGUCUACAAGUGAGUCUCUUAAAGCUGGCGUCCCUCUCAUCGGUGUGCCAAUACUAAGUGAUCAAUAUUUUAAUGUCGAACAGUAUCUUAAAUUUAAUAUUGGCAAACGAAUUUUAUUAGAAACAAUGACACACGAAGAGCUUAGAGAUACUAUCACUAGUGUAAUAAAUGAUGACAGUUACCGACAAAAUGUUGUUAUGCUGAACAACAUUAUGAAUGAUCAACCACAACAGCCCUUGGAACGCGCCGUUUGGUGGACGGAGUAUGUCCUAAGACAUGGUGGGAGAACGAAUCUCCGCGCGUCCGGAGCGGGUGUCGCCUGGACCGAGUAUUAUGAAUUGGAGUUAGUGAUAACGUUAUGGGCUGUGCUAAUUUCGAUAUUGAUAUUCAUUGUGUUAGCAGUAAAAUUAAUACUUAUUGUCAUUAAAUGUCAAAAGAGACUGAAUCUUAAGUUAGAUUAAAUAAAAAUCUGUUUUGUUUUCUAUCUA